CCAUUCAAUUACUACUUCAUCUCCGGCCGUGAAAAUAAUUAAUGGCAUCAUCUGCUUCCUCCUCCAUCCUCCUCCUUUUUGCUCUCUUCGCCGCCGUAGCCACUGCCUCCCACCACCACCACACCCGCUACAUGCAUCUGCGCUUCUACAACCACGAGAGGAUCCUCGGCUCCGGCCCCAACGCCACCGUCGUCUACGCGGUCGAGCGCACAAUCUCCUCCACCGGCGCUGGCUUCGGCAACAUCAUCGUCUACGACAACCUUCUCCGAGCCGGCGUCGAGACCGACUCGCCUAUCGUCGGUCGGAAUCAAGGCAUGGGAGUCGGGUCGAGCUUGGCCCAGAACUCCGGCCUCACCAACUUCCAGCUGGUUUUCACCGCCGGCGAGUACAACGGCAGCUCCCUCGCCCUACAGGGGUUGUUCCCGGUGGCUCCGCUGGGGACGGUGUUCGAACGAGCGAUCACCGGCGGCACCGGAAAGUUCCGGCUCGCCAGAGGCUACCUCUUGACCGUGGAAGUUCGUUCGACGAACACAACCCUCACCGGUCAACUCGACGCUUACAUCACUUUCCGUUGAAAUCCGUGCGGGGAAGCAACUGCAUGUUUGAGUAUCAUAAUUUAUAUAUGUAAUGUAUUUCAUUCUUUUCAACUUUUUUAUAUGCAUUAAAAUAAAUCCAUCCUUCUUCGUGAGUCGAUCUAUUCUAAAGUGUACCAGAAAGAAAUAAAAAUGAUUAAUAUAUUAAUAUACUUCUGGUUUAUAUAUCUUU